GCGCCAUUUUCAAAUUUGUUUCCGGUUUCAUUCUGCUGCGGUCAAUACGCCAGACAUGGAGCUGCAUCAUACCAGUGUCACAAGGACUCCCCUCAACAAUGUUGCAGUUCAGAGGAAGAGCAAAAGUAAGAGCUACCGACUGUCCUACCGCAGCUGCCUAGGUACUGCUUCACGACUCUGCUUAACUCCAGCAUUGACGGCACGUAGGCUGAACACCAGCAGAAGGGCUCCAAAGUCACUCAAUAUCACUGACAAGGUGAAUCCAGAGCAGCUGGCCUUGAUGGUGAAAACAGAGUGGCAGCUGUCCUACGUUACUCCUCUCCAUCAAUUCAGACACACCCAGCUGAAGAGCUACUCCAGGCGGCUAUCAGCAUUCAUUGCUGCGGAAAGGCAGCAGGGUUUAGCAGUGGAAGUGGAGGGACCACAGAGCAGCUUCAGAGUCUCCUUCGCUCUGGUGCCGGGUAUGACCGAGGCGGAUGAUGAUGCUGAAACUGUCAUCAUACAGAUCCAUUCAAAGCCAUUGUUUGCCAGGCAGGACGAACCACAGAGGUCAGUAUGGAGUGGUUGGCUGACCUGCAUCAACGGCAACCCUGAAUACCUGCGCUCACUUCCAAAGGACUUCAUCUGCCUGCCGCUCUUCGGCAGCAGUGGGGCAGAGGGUCUCACUACUUUGGUCAAAUCCUGGUUCCAGCAGACCUUCGACUGCUGCUUUGGCCCACUGGAAAUCAGCCAAACAAGCCUACAGUGGCUGGUGGCAUUAUGGACUAACUGCCACACAGAGUCCAGCAUCCAGCACCUCAAAAUGAUUUGGACUCUUCCAGUUGCGCCACCACUGAAGGUCACCUACACAGUAAAUCCUCAAGAUGCCUGGGUGCUGUGGAGCAGUGUGAGAAAGGUUCCACAGGAGAGUAGAGGCGGGAAGGAGGUGGUGGAGGAGGAGGAGAAAAGUAUUGAUCUUGAGGAGGUGAUUGAGUUCAUGCAGGGGCUGAAGAGCCACUUCUACAGACACUACAGGCUGGAUCUGUCAGCGGGAAGCCUGAACCAGGUUUCCACAGCACUGGGCUCAGCCAAGUACAACGGCAGGAUCAAGAUCUCCAACAGCAGAUACAUGAUCACCACCUUGACACUACUGACAGAGUGCGCCCUCCUCAAAAUGCCCAUCUGAGUGCCAGAAUAGACAUUUUUAUGCCAUCAGGAACUGUAACACGCAAUAUCCGUAUUCAUUUGAAAAGAAGUUUUGUAUUCUGGAUUUUUUUCAUUUUUAAAACCUCAUUUCCAAACAUUAAAUGGAAAGUUAUGACAAUA